AUGGCAAAGGAGAAGAGAACUAAACCUUGUUGCAACUGCAAGCGAUCCAAAGUUAAAUGUGUCUAUGAAGGUGCUUUGCCAUGUCAGCGAUGUCUCAAAACGGGCCAAGCGGCCACUUGUCAGUUUGUGCAUAAACUUCCCUCUUUAAAACUACCGUCUUUGGAAUCUAAGGAGCCGGCACUUCCCGCUGUUGCGCCUAUAUCGCUCAAUCCUAUAAAUCUAAUGGGCGUUCAAAAGCCUCAAAUAUCAAACAUGUCAGCAUUGCUCCCGAGUCGGAGUACUUUCAAUUCUCCACCCUUUAAGGAAGGCUUAUCACCAAUACCUUCAACGAAACACUUGCACACAGAUAGAUCAACAGGCAAUGACAUUCAAUGGAAGUCAGAUAUUGAACAGCGUUUGGACUCAUUUGAUAACAAAAUAGAUUCUUUAGUUGAUCUACUAAAACAGAACCAACAAUAUCCAAAUGGGGGUCCAGGAUUACCAAGAAUCCAACCACAACCACAAGCUGACCAUUCUCAAUCCUCGCGAGACCUGAACAACGAGCCGCGUUAUUUAUAUCCACCUGCAACCAAUUCAUUUGACCACAGUUCCAAACGACGAAAAUUAGGUGAUAAUCUCGACUUCAAGGACAAGAGCACUAGCGCUGAACGCAGUCAACCACACCCCGACGACUUCCGAGACGGUUUUCUAACAAAGAAGGAGGCUAAAGAUCUUUUCAAGUUUUUCGACUCCAACAUAGCCCAGCAAUUAUUCGGGUUUGAGAUAUCCAAAUUUCAAGUCGAUGAUAUAUGGGAGUCAUGCCCAGUACUUGUUUGUGCGAUAUCAACUAUUGCAUCGAUUCAUCACCCUCAGCUAUCGUUCAAGUCGUCGCAAUUACUGAUUUAUUUGCGAGAUAUAUGUGGCACCCUAUUUUACCAAAAUAGACCUACGGAUAAGCCAAGCGCUUUCAACACAAUUGUUGCUUUGAUACUAUGUAGCUUUUGGCUAUCGGAUUCUCAAAUGUUUACCGGUUUGGCGCUUCAAAUAGCCAAGGAGUAUGGAUUGAACAAUCCCAACUACGGGAAAAAUAAAGAUGAUUUAAAGCUUUGGUACUUGUUAUAUGUAUUGGAUGGUCAACAAAGUAUGGCAUUCAACAGACAACCAUUGGUUAGCUCUCAAGAAUACUCCUUGAAACACAGCAGAGAGCUUCUCAUUACCGAGGAUGAAAAGAAACUAUCGCAAGCAAAGAGACAAUUGGAGGACAAGAUUGAACCAAGCACCGGCGUAGUCAAUGAAACUUCUGAAGAAGAUGUACACAAAAUGCUAUUAAAACAAAAGUUUACCGACCUCAGAUUGGUUUCGCAAGUUGAAUACAACCAAGCUUUAAGCGAAGCCUUUCGUGGUGAUGCUUGGGGCUUGUUGAUGCCGUCAACAUUUGGUAUCCCAUCUAAAAGUAAUCUUGAAUUAGACAAAUGGAUGGUGUCAUGGACUGUGUUGUUAGCCCCCGGUAACUAUGGAGCCGUAUGGUCGACUAAGAGUACGUUGAUAUAUUACAAUUUUGCCAAAAUGCAUAUCAAUUCGUCGGCUGUUCGACAGCUUUCUAUGAAUCCAAAUGAUAGUGGGUUAUUUCCAGCGUGGAACAAGAGUGUUGAAAAGAAUAUGACUCAAACACAAAGGAAACCCCAAACAGAUGAAAUCGACAGUGAAGAGGACUCGGACUCUGAUUCAUUGCAUGAUGAAGAUGAUUUCAUUUCCAACAAGGAGUUGGUAUCACCAGACAAAGCUGCAAUCAAUGCCAACAUUGCUUUGAAUGCUGCCCACACAGUUAUAAACCUAGUCAUUAAUGAUAAAGAUAUACUCGACAAUUUAAAGUAUGUCCCGGUUCAUAUACAUAUAAUGUUGUACUAUGCUGCGCUACUACUCAUCAAUCCACCUGCAAAAUCCAACAAUGCCUCCGUAACACUAACUUUGGAGAUAUAUUACGACAAAUUACUCGAUAAUUUACGAACGGUGAGUAUGCUCAAGAGAAAAAUUUAUAGUAAUUUGCCAAUUGAUUCGAACUUUGGGUCUAGAUUUAUCAGAAGUUUGGAAAACGUGGAAGAGGAAAAACUUUCUGAAAUUAAGGAAUUUAUGUUUGAUCUCGAAGACCACGAGUUGAGAUCUGCAUUCGAAAGGAAAGUGAAUUCUUUUGUUGAAACGAGUGAUAACAUUGUUGAAUUAACGGAAUUCAGUGAAAGUGGCGAAAGUAGCAGAGCAAGCACUCCCAGAGCAGAAAAAAUCAGUGCCUGGCCGGGAUCCCAUCACGGUCACCCGUGA